AUGUUUUUGUAUGGAGAUUUCAAUCUUAAAGAAACGUCUUCCAAAUCCAUUGAAGAAGGAAGUACUGUAGCAACCAUUGCUUAUGUAGCCCACAAGCACCCAACCGAUCUAAAAUUCCAAGAAUGUCUCAAUGAGUGCCAUCUUACUCAACUGGUUACAUUUCCAGCAUAUCGACAGUAUAGGGAUGCCCAUUUUAGUAGCACGCUCGACCUAAUAAUCUCUGACAAAUCAGACCGCUCCAUAGAAAUCACUAGAGCAGAUCAUCUAGGCGAUACACCAGGAGGUCAAGCACAUUGCAUGAUACACGGACUCUUUGCUUUAACCGGGCACAAUACAACAACUACUCCGAUGAAAAAACGAUUCAUCUGGGGGAAAGCAGACUACAAUUCCAUAUCAACAUGCAUAUCAUCUAUAGAUUGGAUAACAACUUUUAAUGGAAGCUCUGUGCAUGAAAAUUACAAGAUUCUUGUUAAAAACUACAACAACGCAGUCAAUAAAUUUAUUCCAACAACAAAUUCAGAGUUCUAUAAAAAUCAACCGUUGUGGAUUACGCAAGAAGCAGUAACCGAUCAUGAGGAGAAGCUGGUCAAAGAUGCAAAAUUUCACCCAAAAAAUGUACAUGCGUAUGUCAGAAGUAAACAAGAAGUCAAAGAUCCUCUUUGUUCAAUCGAAACUGACAAUGGCAUUAUUACAUCAGAUAAAAACAUAAUUUGCUCCACCCUCAAUAACUUUUUUCAGUCUGUCUUUGAAACUGAACUUGAUGGCAGUAUGCCAACAUUUCCCGAUCGUACUCAAGCGACAUGUAAAACUAAUGAAAAUUGGUUCACAAUUGAAGACGUUCAAAAUCAUCUAAGCAAUCUUGAAGAGACUAAAUUAAUUGGUGUAGAUGGAAUCCACCCACGUGUAUUACGUUACUGUGCAACAGCAUUUGCAAUACCAGUUAACUCUAUUUUUAGACAAUCUUUAUUUUCUGGUUCUGUACCUGAAUAUUGGAAAAAAUCAAACAUUACUCCCAUCUUAAAGAUAGGGAGCAAGCUUAAGGCCUACAAUUAUCGACCGGUUUCCCUCAAUACCGUGCAAAGUAAUGGAAAAAAUAAUUCACAAACAUAUUCUGGCGCACUGUGUGGAAAACAAUCUAAUCUCCAAGCAUCAGCAUGGUUUUAUUCGUAG